AUGAUCGCGGCAGCUGAACUCACGUCUCCGCUUGAUUGGAUGAGCUGGAUGAUCCUUCUCGACCAGAUCACGCGAAACUGCUUCCAGGAUGACGAGGCCGGCAAGGCGUAUGCUUUCUUCGACGAAAGGUGUCUGCAGGUGGCACUCGAAGCGAUCAAGAGAAGGAUCCCUGAAGACCCGGAGAUUCGGUACCGCCAGGCAUACAGGUUGUGGUUCUACAUGCCCCUCGAGCAUUCGGAGAGCAUGCAGAUGCAAGACAUGUUGUUUUCAGAGCACAAGCGCAUGUUCAGCGACAUUCUCUGCGUCCUCAAGCUGAAGACAGAACUCGAAGAAGACAUGCAGGUAGUCCCCUCGAUCAAAGAAGUGCUCGAACGUCGGCGGCCCGCUCUUGAGCCCUGGAUUGGAACGCUUUCCAGGAUCGUAUCCGAACACAGAAAUGUUCCUGGAGCGCUUCGGGCGGUACCCGCAUCGGAACCAAGCUUUGAAGCGGACUUCUACAGCCUCGGAGGUGGCUCAUUGGAAGAGUCACGGGUAGUGGCCGUUGGCUAG